AUGCUUCGCCGGACCGAGUCCGAGCAGCGGCGGCGCGUCGAGGCGCAGCGGCAGCAGCGGGAGGAGCUUGACGAGCAGCGGCGCCUCAAGCAGCAGCGUCUGCAGCGCGAGAAGGACGAACAGCAUCAGCAGGCGCGGCAACGCGGGACGCUGGAACACAACACCGCAAAAUUGCUUACCCUGCACCUGUGUCAGGACGCGGCGCUGUUCGGCGGCCGCUUUCUUGCCGGCGUCAGCGAUGAGAUGGUCGAGCAGGUCUCGCCACAGGGGGGUGGCUCCAGCGCGCGCGGCCAGAUCCGCAUGAUGCCGUACAGGGUGCAGCGGUGGAAGAUCCCAACUCAUGUCAUCUACUCGCAGAACGCACGUGGGCUCAAGACCGACAGCGCUCUCACCGAGGCUAUCGACGCUCUCCGACACCGCUCAGGCUUCUCUGCCGGGCUGCAGGAGACGUGGAGAACGGGCCUGGAGGAGAUUGAGGAGGACGGCUUCGUCUUCCUCGGCGCUGCACCCGCUGUACAGAACGGACGCGGCUCAAAAGGAGUCGGCAUCCUGCUCUCGCCACUGGCUGUCGCUGCGUGGCGAGCAGCUGGAGCCGUUGUGCACAACGACGUAGGCCCGCGGGUUAUCGCAGUGCGUAUGGAGGUUGAAGAUUCGGCUGGCAGGAAGCAGGGACUGUUUCAAGUGGCGUCGUAUGCGCCUAUCUCGACAGCCCCGGACACCGAAAAGGACGAAUAUGAGACCGCUCUCGCCUGUGUGCUCUCGCGACGGCAGUCCGGCGACAUUGUGAUUGUCUGUGCUGACACCAAUGCGAGCAUCGGACGCGGCUGCCUUGGCGGCCAAAAUGUCAACUACGGUGCGGUCGGUUCUCAUGGUAUCGACUUUCUCAAUGACUCUGGGCGCCGCCUGCGCUCGUUUAUGGAGCUGCACGACCUUGCUGCACUGUCCUCGUUCUUCAAGAAGCCGUUUUACGGGACGUGGCUGCACCCGUGCAGUAAGCUGCAGAAGCAGCUGGAUCACAUCAUGAUCUCUCGAUGCGACUUGAAGAGAUUCACAGACGCCGGGGCAUGCUGUGGACAGUUGAUCGACAGCGACCACAGUGCUGUCUUCUGCAAGCUGCGCUUCACAGUGCGGCUUCGACGCAAACUGGAGCCGCGUGCUCAGCUCGCUCGACUCGACACCGCACCGUUGCUGAACCAGGACCAGGCGGUCCAGUUCGCUACGGAUGUGGUGACGAGCCUCGGCACAUCCGACGCCUCGGCCGUAUCGUACUCAACACUGGCCAAGGCGGUGGAAAAGACCGCUGCCGAGACGCUCCCCAAGCGUGAGCGGCCUGCGCCGCUGUGGUUUGCGGCGAAGGAGGGCGUUUUGCGUGCCGCCAUCGCGAACCGCAACGCCACCUUCAACGCUCAUCAGCGGCAACCGACGGCGGACGCUGCCGCUCGAUAUCGACAGGCGCGCUCACGCGUGCAGCUCGAAAUCAGGCGUGCCAAGUCGGAUUGGAUCCUCGGCAAAUGCACCGCCAUCAACGAUGGCAUCUGCGGCGCCACGGGAUCCGCGGCCGCCUGGGCGACCGUAAAGGUGCUCAAGGCUGGCCUCGCGCCGCCGCGCCGUGCACCACCGGCAAAGAUGAAAAAGGCCGAUGGCUCUCUCGCUGACACGCCAGAGGAGAAUGCGAGCGUCUUUGCCGACGCGUUCUCCCAGCUGUAUGGUCGAGAGGCGUCCUUCGACCCCUCGGUGCUCGACGACCUGCCACAGAGGCCGGUCGCCGUUGGUCUUGACCACGUACCGUCGGACGACGAGAUUCAGCUGGCGACGAGCAAGCUGCACGCUACUGCUCCGGGCCCAUCAGGCCUGCAUGCACGGCUGUGGCAGGCUCUCGUGUCGACGAGCGACGGAUUUGGCUUCAACGAUUUUGUCCUCACCGGUCGGCGCCCGUCUACCGUCGGCGAUGUUGAGUUCUCCCUCAGAGACUCCAUGUACGCCGACGACGCGGGCCUCGCCUUCUGCUCUCGGCGCGGCGUCGAGGUCGAGACGCCCAAGGUGGUCGCGCACUUCGCUCGCUGGGGCAUGGAGAUCCACGUCGGCAAGGACGGCUCCAACGGCGAGCCUCGCAAGGACUCGAAGUCGGAGGUGCUCUUCUGCGCGGCGGCGCCGACCUCGUACAACAACCCCGCCACCUACGACGGCGCCGACCUGUCCGACAUCAAGCUGCCCGGCGGCUGCUUCAUGCCGGCGGCGCCCGCGGCGUCCAGCAGCGGCGUCGGGCUCGAGGCGAUCGCCUCGUCCAACAUGGCGCCGUUCCUGACGAAGCUGUUUGACAUCGUCUCCGCGACGACGACAGGUGCGCAGCUUCAGUUUACUGCGUCGCACCCCGGCCGGCGCAAGGGAUAA